AUGAACACUGUCAAUGGUACUGGGAUAUUCGUCAGCUUAACAACGGUGUCUGUGACGCUAGAUUUUAGUUUGCAUGGUGGUCUGAUGGCUUGGCCCUUAAGCAACAAUUUGACUCUGAAUCAGAGUUUGCCCACGUCCGACCCUCUUAAUGCCUCUGAGUGGGGAGAAGUCUCUCGUAUGUCCAUGAGGGAGAAGAACUGGCCAGCCCUCCUGAUUUUGGUUAUCAUUCUGCUGACUAUUGGUGGGAACAUCCUUGUAAUUAUGGCUGUCUCCUUGGAGAAAAAGCUACAGAAUGCCACAAACUACUUCCUAAUGUCCUUGGCGGUGGCAGAUAUGUUGGUGGGGAUCCUAGUCAUGCCCGUUUCCCUCAUUACAAUUCUAUACGAUUCUGCUUGGCCUUUGCCUAAACAAUUGUGUCCCGUAUGGAUUUCCCUAGAUGUGCUCUUUUCAACUGCAUCUAUCAUGCAUCUCUGUGCCAUCUCUCUUGAUCGGUAUGUAGCAAUACGCAAUCCCAUUGAGCACAGCCGCUUCAAUUCCCGCACCAAGGCUAUUAUGAAAAUUGCUGCAGUUUGGACCAUAUCGAUAGGGAUAUCCAUGCCCAUCCCGGUCAUAGGAUUGCAGGAUGACUCCAGGGUGUUUGUGAAUGGGAGCUGCAUUCUGAAUGAUGAGAACUUCGUCCUUUUUGGGUCCUUCGUGGCGUUCUUUAUCCCGCUCAUCAUCAUGGUGAUCUCAUACUGCCUGACUGUCCAGGUGCUGCAGAAGCAAGCGACGGUGUUCAUGUACGGCGAGGUGCCCAAGCAGCGAAGGAGCAGCAUGAACUGCCUCAAAAAAGAAAACAACACAGAGAACAUCUCAAUGCUCCAGAACCACGAGGCGGCCUCCCACUUGAACUCUCCCGUAAAUAAGGAAGCUGUGCUCUUUCGGAAAGGGACCAUGCAGUCUAUCAACAACGAGCGCAGAGCCUCCAAGGUCCUGGGCAUUGUCUUCUUUUUGUUUCUUAUCCUGUGGUGUCCAUUUUUCAUCACUAACAUCAUGUCCGUUCUUUGCAAGGAAGCCUGUGACGGGAGCCUCCUGGGCGAACUCAUGGAUGUGUUUGUUUGGGUUGGUUACAUUUGUUCUGGGAUUAACCCCCUGGUGUACACGCUCUUCAAUAAAACCUAUCGCAGGGCUUUUGCCAACUACAUCUGCUGCCAGUACAAGCCCAGUAAAAAAUCGACACUGCAACAAAACCAGUGUCUGAAUGUCGCUUCCACAGCUUCGUACGGGAAAGACCUGACUUUAAAUAGCUACCGAAAUGGCAAUGAACUCAACAGCAUGGAGUUGGAUGAAACUGAGGAGGGCUUAGAAAUGCAACCGGGGACUUCAGAGCUGUCGAUAAACAGCUGCAAUGUUGUAAGCGAAAGGGUGAGCUGCGUGUAA